AUGAGAUUUCCAGUAUAUCCUGCGUCGAUAACUCCUCCUUGGACAACAAUUCUUUUAGCAGCCAUAGAAGAACGGGAUGCUAAUUGCAUCAUAGUUCCUUCAGGUACUUCGACAGCAAUUUUGAGGUCAAUUUUUGUUACGGUGUGGGGUUCCAGUAGUAAGGGCUUCUUUCCGGGAUAUCAGAGAUCAAAUCCAGCAUCG